AAGUCAGAUGGGUGAGUCUUCACCCAAGAUGCUUUGGUGCCAUGAGGCGACUUGGUGUUCUGGCAGGUCUGGGCACUGGGGCCGCGCAGGCCGUUUUCGGAAGCCCGGGCCCGGAGCAAGAGUUCGGGAUUGACUGGCUGGAGGGCUGGCACUCGCAGUAUGGCCAAGACCGCAAGAUCAUGCGGUGGUUCUACAGUGAGGAGCCGGGGUCCAGGUGGUACAUGGCAGCUGCGGGCCAAACGCUGCGGCAAGGCGUGUUCGUGGAUCUGGGCGCCGGGGACGGCGUGGAGAAGAGCAACAGCCUGGCCUUCGAGGAGAAGUUGGGGUGGACGGGUCUGCUGAUCGAGCCCAUGCCUGCGGCCUUUCGAGAGCUGCAGAAGAACCGGCCCAAGGCCAAGACGGUGAGGGCCUGCGUGGCGGGGGCCACAGGGGACAAGGACUUCGUGGAGGACGGGCUGAACAGCGGCACCACCAGCCGCCAGCAGCUCACCGCCGCCUCCGCGGCCGUGACGCGGCUCCGGUGCCGCAGCCUCGGGGACCUCAUCGACGAGCACCUGGGCGAGAUGGGCGCGCACAUCGACUACCUCUCCCUGGAUACGGAAGGCUCGGAGUUGGAGAUUUUGAGAUCCUUCAACUUCCAGAAGCAUCGGGUGGAUGUCAUCAGCGUCGAGGUGGAUGACAUUUUGCCCGAGGUCAUGUACAAGCGACUGUCGGACCGGCUCCGAAGGAACAACUACGCGUAUUUGGAGAGACUGGGCGCUGACGAGAUUUGGGUGAGGCAAUUGGGCUUCCAUCCAGAUCCCACCUGCCUGUUCUCUUUGCCUUUGCAGUUGGACACGGUUCCAGCAUCGGUUCCUGAUGUCGGCUGGGGCGGCCUCCGCAGAGUGCUGAAGAAGUUUCUGGUUUCUUUGGGCUCCGGGUUGGGCGAGCUCGGAUCCGCGGGCGCCUUUCUGGAUCAGUGGGCCACCGGGGAUCUGCGCGACUGGAGCGCGCAGUGCCCUGCGGGGAUGCUGUCGCUGGGCCUGGCCUUCUCCCUGACGCGCACGCGGGACAACGCGGCCCCAAGGGACCGGCAGAGCUUGGCCAACGAGCUGCGGCACCACACGGUCUUCCACUGGAACGACCAGCUGCAGGCGGUGAUGCGGACCUUGCGGCACAGCGACCUGGUGAAGGCGUCGGAGCUGGCCGGGGAGGACUUCCACUUUCGCGCGCCGCUGGGGAGGCUCUGGCACCUCACCAGCUUCGAGCAGAUCCUGGAGGC